AUGAUAUAUUUCCGAGAUCCAUUUUCAGUAAAGGGAGUACUGCGCUUGUUCGCAUUAUGGGCGAUUGUGCUGCUGCUCUCAGACUUUGGCCACAGCCUGCCCCCUCUAGCAAUCGCGCCCUUGAGCUUACAAAAACGUGUGGAGCUUAACAUUGAUGACCCAUCGCCAGGGUUUGUCUAUCGUGGGGAAAUGAGAAGUCCAGAUCAAAUUCGUGAAGCUGGCGGAUUCCACUCGCGAGGCCUCCAAUUGCAACAAUCGGGCAAACAACUGAGUGGAGAACAACUAUCACGGGGCAGCAGCCUGUUUGAGCAUGCUCAAGGGCUCGAAACGACAGAAUACACCCGAUAUGUUUCAACAAGCGCUGAUCCGAAAGCGGCCCUGAAGUUCGCCAUCGACGACGAAGGAAAGGAAGGAAAAACUGGGUAUGUCUUCAAGGUCCGCACUGACAAAAGAAUGGUGGCCGUAAACCCAUCGCUUGGCUCGUAUUCUCCGUUCCAAUACCAGAAGGAACACGCAGUGGUUGGGUUUAUUCCUCAGGACCAAAUCGUCGGCUGGUACAGAAUCACAGACGAGACACACUCGUUCACCCCAAAGGGACUUCAAGAAGCUGCGGAUAAGAUUAAAAACAACGACCUUGAAUUUGCCCAGAAUCCUACUUAUGAUGAAAAAAAAUACGCUAAGAAGCGCGGCGGAGCGAGGCCUGAGCUCGCAGGGUUUCCAAAAGAUCACAAGGCAUGGGCAGAGAAACCAUGGAAAGCGUUCAAGGACAAACCCGUGAGGGAUAUUUUUGAACAAAUGCUUCAGCGGAUAUGCGGCAAAGUCAAAGCAAAAAGAGAUCUGUCAUGCUUAACAAGCUUUGGCUCUCAGGGUAAGCCCAUGCCUGGUGGAUCAAAAGGUGGAAAUCCCAAGGUUGCUCCCGACACUCCUGAUCCUAAGAAGCCCCCGAAAAAAGGAAAUCCAAUGGAUAUCGAGCCCGGGGCGGCACGGCCGAAGGGAAAAGGCAUCAAGGUUUUCCAUACCAGAUUAACACUCAGGGGAACUGGAUCCUUCGCGGCGGGUGCUUUACUGGUCGGGGCACCAUUAUUGAGAGGCGGAUGGGAAAGACUCAAGCAGACGAAUACAGUUUUCGGAAAAGCUGCCCAGGCCUUUGACAACUGGGUGGCAGGUAUACAGGAGUUAAUCGGAGGCCCUCUACAGCCUGAUAUAUAUGGAAAUGCGUUAAAGAAGAAAAUCAUUACAGGGAUAGGAAAAGCUCUUCAACUCGGGUUUGAGACAGUAAAUCAGAAAUGGGAAAGGGAGGCUGCUGAAAGGAGGGCCUUAGAUAUGAAGAUGCUGCAAAUGGCGGCAGAUAUCAAUGCGCUUCUACAGGCUUGCGACGAGUCAGAAGAAAAUUCUUUAGACGAUGUCAAGUUUACAGAGGCAUACUGUACCAAGCUUCGUAACGAAGUUAAGACAGCAGAGGCCAAGGAAGAAGAGGAGGAGAAAAGGAUAAAAGAGGAGGAGAAAAGGACAAAAGAGGAGUGGAAGAAGAGGGAAGAUAAGAAGAAGAGGAAGGCAGAGGAAAGAAAGGCUGCCGAUACGUUGAGGAGAAAACAGGAGGCAAAGAGGAGAGCCUGUAAAGUAAGUUAUCGCCUAUUGCUUAAGGCACUGACUCAAGGGCCACCAUCCGCUCUAACAAGAAUCAUAGUGCAAACCUAUUCCACCCUUGCGGACUGA